AUGGCUCAUGUGAAUUACCUUAGCCGAAAUCCGAUCAAAAAUGUUUGCGUCCUGAGAGAAGAAUACGACGAGUGUAAAACGUUGCAAGACUUUCAAAAACUAGAUGAGUUUUGCAAAAACAUAAUUGACCGUCCUAGUGAUCACGGUGAUUAUCAAAUACAAAACGGACUUGUUGUAACCAAGGACAAUUCCCCCAAUUACCAAACAAGUAAUGGCAUAGAAAGAAAUGAAGAGGCAACAUACACAAAUGCGAACGGUCGUGGGGACCAUUAUGUUUUGACGGGAUUCUUUUCCUACAGAGGACCUGAUGGAGUGGAUUACAAAGUAAAAUAUACCGCCGAUAAAGACGGAUUUCAUCCUGAAGGAGACCAUUUUACAGUUCCGCCAUACACUCCCUGGAAUAUUGAAUACAAUGAAAAUGGUGAAGAAAUUUAUUCAGCCGACUUUUCAAAUGAAGGGAAAAUAGCUCGAUUACCGAAAAAACUUAAGGAAGACACACCCGAAAAAGCCUACUUGCCAGCGGCUGAAAAUAGGAGAAAGCGACUGAUAUGAGAUAUACUUUUAAGGAUUUUUAAGUUA